AUGACUUCUCCACAGCUCACUCCAACACAGCCAAAUCAAGGCUUAGAUGAUGAACCAGAAUCACCAUCUAAGAUGGCAACGCCACUCGAAUCCUCAAACUCAUCCCUCUCCAACUAUUUGGAACACGCCACUCCCACCUCAAUUAGCUACAACGCCAGUCCUUCUUCAAUCCUUGCAUCAAGCAUCGAUUCACAUUCAACCCCAACAAGGUCAGCUUCCGAAGAGACCUUGACUAUUCAACUCCCUCCAAAUGGAGGAGGAAGUCAAACAAAACGACACAGCAUGCGGUCACCAUCUUCUUCGCAACAUUCUCUUCGAUUGGCAUCAUUAACAGGCCCACCAAGUUCCAUGAGUCUUGAUCGCACAAUGUCUUCUCAGAGCAUUAAUACCUCGCAGACUCUUUAUCCAUAUCCUCCCAGACCUACCUCUCCUAUUACCUCUCCAAGUAUACACAAGUCACUUACAGCACUUGACGCAAAAUCUAUCACUAGGGAUAUGGAAAAAUCUUCCCAGCAAAUGCGAAACGAUGAUAUGAUCCUGACUUCUCCCUCUUCUCCUAGCGCCAGUAACAACCCUUCUGGAUUUUAUUUUAGUAACGUAGCAAAUGGUAACGGAAACACCCCAUAUCAACCAAUGACAGCUCAGUCUAUUGCACCGAGCAUGAACUAUGCCUACCAUCGGCAGGGAAGCAUCAGCAGCGUAACACUAAAUUCUGUUGCACCCAGCAUGCAAGCGGUAUUGGGUGGGCAGGGGGACGUAUGGCAAACAUUCUGUGUUCGAGUUCUCCCAUUGUUUAAUGGCGAAGGGGUUCAGGGCUCAAUCGAAGAUCUAAACGAACUCCUUAGACGAUGCUUAACAGAUCCUGUGUCACCUCAGUUAUACCGAGAUAUGGAAGCGCUUUUGAGAGACGGAAUGUUUACUCUUAAUGCAAAGAUGUUUGGUGUGACCGACGAAAAGUUAUUAGAUAGACUUGUCGAACAGUGGUCUUUCUUCUUUACGUAUGCUCUCCCAUAUUUUGAGGCUGUUUUUCUGCCACUUCGUACAGAUGUUAGAUACAGAAAUGCAGAAGAAGAGGAGAUGUGGAAUGUGCGAAAUAUGGCUCUUCGAAGUUUCCGUGAUAAUGUGAUCUUAUUACAAACAAAGCGAUUGGAAGACGUUUUUGCCAAGCUGUUUACUGAUUUUGGAUCGUCCCAAAAUCCUGCAUCCACUGCAGCCAAGAUGUUACAAAUGACUUCUCUUCUUGCGUCUUCUACAGAUCACAAUGAAGAUAUCGAGAGAGUAUUAUCGAGUCUAAAGGCUAACUGGAAGAUUAUGAUGACAAAGGGAGAUCGAAGAGGGUUUGCUGGAGUACGCAAAGCGCACUCUGGAAAGAAUCCAGAGACUUCCCAUAUUUUUGGUGCUUUGGCAGGAUAA